AUGAAGUCAUUCCAUGACUUCUGCAGCACGAUAGAGUCGCAUAAGUCAAUGCUAAAGCUGAUCCCGGAAGGUAACGAAUAUGUCUCUAUAUUUGCUGGGACGCUGAAUGUCAUUAUACAAGCCAGUGUUAACCAUGAGCGCAUUGCUGAGGGUUUGUCGGAAGCCUUGUGCCGCAUCAGCGAACAUGUUUACGAGUGUAAAUCGGAGCUAGAGCUUUUCAGAACCCGAGAAAUGCUGGAGUUAGUUGCGGAUUUCUAUGCGCACGUAUUCAUCUUCCUUUCUGACACUAUGGAUUGGAUAACAGAGAAAAGACGCAAGCGGCUGUUGGACUCCUUUAACGAAAACUUCUAUAAGAAGUUCGAAAAUCAAGUUGAGACGAUUAGGCACAAAUCUGAUAUGAUACGAAACUUGGCAGCCCAGAGCUCCCGUGCAGAACAGCGAGUAACUAGGUUGGCUGUUGAAGAUCUCGCACAGGACAUCAGGUUGGGCCUGACAGGAGAAGAGCGACGGCAUGCCGAGACGAUUUAUGCAGCAGAGAAGAUUGAAAAAGAACUUUUAGAAGGGCGAAGAGAGAGGCAGCUUUUAAGAGAGGAAGGAAGACAAUUUAAGCAGCUCGCUGAUCGUCUAACUAGUAUGCUUCAGGAUAAAGCAAUGAUAUUCAAGAUCAGCCAGGCUAUCGAACAAGACCAUAGCGAACUGAAAGAUUACUACGACCGAAUUGUCAGCUCUAAAGACCCCGACGAGCAGAGGAGAUUUCAAAAUGCCUUCAUUUGGGAGCUAUCACGUCACUCAAUUGCAGAGGAGCUCGUCGUAUAUCCGAUCUUAGAAAAGGCGAUUCCUGGUGGAGCCCAUAGAGCCGAUAAGGAUCGCGAGGAGCACCAAAAGGUUAAAGAGCAACUCUACGAAUUCCAGAAGCUGAAACCUGGAGACCAAAGUUUCCUCCCCACCUUGGAGGCGCUCUUCAAAGACCUGAAGCGUCAUAUCAAAGAGGAGGAAGAAGAAGAUCUUGUAAAACUGGAGGAUGCACUUGGGCUGACGCAGUCUAAAGAAUUGUGUCAAAAAUUCGAGAAGACGAAGUUGUUUACGCCAACCCGAAGUCAUCCCAAUGCUCCUGAUAAACCCCCAUUUGAAACGGUCGUUAGCUUUAUGACCGCACCAAUUGAUAAGAUUCGAGACCUAUUUACCAAGUUCCCAGACUCUAAAUCCACAAAGCCGUAUGGUGGUAAAUCGCCUUGA